CCAAUGGCACCCAGGGCAGGCUCCCUCCGAGGUCAGGCAAACUGGCUCCGGGCUGGAAAAAAAGGGGGCAGUUUGGCGAGGCUGCCUUUCCCCUUUCGCCUUCAAAGGAGGCAGUCCCGUUCUGGCCAUGGGAGAAGCUCAGCCCCAGCCUGGAGGGAACAGAGGCUGCAGUUGUACAGACCAGAGACUGGUUUUGACAGUAAAGAUAGAGGCCUGGAGGGAUGACCUGGAAAUAAAUACAUAGGGGCCACUGCAGCCAUCUUGUCUGAUGCUGCACAGGAAACAUAGAUAUCCAUCUGGGGUGCUAUUGCUCAUCGAGGCAAUAAAUCAUGAUCCUCCAACUCCCACUGAUUUAUUGAUAUCAAACAAGAAGAAUCCAGAUGGGGUGCAGGUGCUGUAAAAUGAUACAAAGCUACAUCUUUGAUCCCCAAGAAGUCCAAACAUCUGAAUACAUCAGUGAAAUAAACAACUACAAGUUUGGCGAGCAAGACAGAAGCAAAUUUAAAAUCAGGCACAACAAUAACAUUCAGGUACAAAAGAAUGAAUUGCAGAAUUCUGAAGUACAAUCAGCAGCAAACAGGAACAAAUUAAACAAGACCGAGGAUGUUAUUCAAAACCACAGAGGGCUUGCUCUUCUUGACGAAGGACUUGGGAACUCUACUGCAAAGUGCAAUGGAAUCCAUCCCUCUCCCAUUGCCAACAAAAAUCAAAGUGAAGAAGUCAACAGCACACAGAUGUGCUCCAGUGAAUUAUCGGAUUGUUCGGCUAAAAGGGGUUCCCAGCCACAGACUUAUGAUAACCAUGAGACUCAAAAGACUGAAGGAUCUCCAGAGUUAUCAUUAGGUACAACACAUUCUGGCCACCAUGGGGAAUCUCGGUGUAGAGGUGAAAGCAUGGCUUCUAUUCAAGGUGUCAUACAGGAUGACGGAGGCAACAGCACCCACCAAUCUGGACCCAAUGAUCCUAGUGAUGUUGGGAAACUAAUUGCUGUCAGAAGCAAGAGUCCAUUGAGCCAUCACACUCAUGCAGAGCAAAGUACUGAAUGCACGUCCGUGAGCCGGCAUAGUAAAGACCUGCCAUUACGGGAAUCCAAUAGCUGUAAUUUAGAAGAGGCUUGUAGGACAGGCCUGUUAAACCCUUGUUUUGAGGACCAACUAUCCAGUGAUACCCCCUCUCCAUGUACCAAGGCAGAUGCAGCAUCAGAAGACAAAUGUGACGGCCAUGAAGAGGUUAAAGGAGAGCCAGAAGAGGAGGAUGCAGAUGUCGCUGAGGCACUUGCAGCACUUGAGGCUGCCACAGCAGGAGAAGAUUCAGAGGAGGAGGAGGAGGGCUAUUAGAUGACUAUCAAGAUACUCCUUAGGAUCGCUCCAGGAUUUGUGAGAAAUGCUACAAUACAGGCUCAGUCUUUGAGGACAACAGUUGUGGGUCUUUGCCCAGGACAUCUACAACUGGAAAGAGUGUGUAAUCAGGUUGAGUGAGUUACUUAGCAAGAGCAGCUACUGCAGUACCAGUCACUGCACCUUCUCCAAGAUAUUGCUGAGGUACUUACAUCAUCCAGACGAAUGCUUUUGUGCCAGCGAUCUAUACCACUGUGAACAGACAAUAGAUCAAUAUUUAUUGGCAGGUCUCAGGGUGAUUUGCAAUAGAUUGGCAAGGGCUUCCAGCUCCCACCCUUUAUUUUGUUUACAGAAACAGUGAACGGAUUCUUUCGUGGCUGCCGAAAUGAAGAAAACUUGGGGCAACCAGGAGUAGACCUUUGUGUGAAUGAGACUGUUGGCUGACGCAACCCAAUUCUGGUACAGAACAGGCAUCCCAUGAUUCAGUGUGCACUCAGGCAAUUCCUCGUUUGCAGAAAACCAUUUCACCUGGCCUGAGUCUGCCAUUCUCUCUCUUGCUCCUCCACCUCACCCACCUCUACUCCAUAUUGUCUGCUAGUCAAGGCAGUUUUUCCUUCCUUUUGCUGAGAGGGUGGUGGUGCCAGCUGUAACAAAUACCAGAAAGAAAAAGAAAAGGUUGCUAUAGAUCUUUCACACAGAAAGAACUCUAUUCAGAACACUUAUACGUUGGUCAAAUUCUCUUUGACAAAAAAAGCAGGAUAUUCUUGGUUAGUGAAAGCAUUACACGUCCCUUUGGGGCAGAAACAAAAAAGUUAUGUUGAAUCUUUAUCCUGCCACACAUCCAGAUUAUACAGGAAUUUUCUUGAUCCUCCAGGGCUCACAUGCACUAGGACAUUCCACUUGUCUCAAAGCGAACCUGCAAAAUGGUCAGUUUUAACUAGCUGUUGGCCAAACCUACCAACAGAGCUUUCUCCUCCAAAUUUUCAACCACACCAAAAAGAAAUCCCCUCCUUUUCAACUUUUUUUGAAGUUUGGGGAAGGGCAAUGUAUUGCAGGCAAUACUUUACUUUACUUAGUAGCCCAAGGAGGAUGGUCCUCCAAGUGUAGUGUCUUGGCGGUGGAUCCAUAGGUGGCUGUGGAGCCCCAUUCUUGAUCCGCAUGUUCUCCUGCAGUGAGGACAUCAGUUUCCACGUGGAACGUGGUCCUGGUCAGGGUUGGCUUGACACGCCUUCCUCUUGGCAUGCUUCUCCCUUUUGCCCUCCAUCCAUGCCUCUUCAAAUUCCACAGCACUGCGGAUCACAGCUGACCUCCUAUCAGAGUCUCCAAGAGCCAGGAUUUCCCAGUUCUCUGUGUCUAUGCCACAGUUUUUAAGGUUGGCUUUAAGCCCAUCUUUAAAUCUCUCUUCAACACUGUUUGCUUGUUCAUUUACACUACACUUAGCAACAGCAUUCCUCAGUUAAAUCUAAUUGGAUGCAUAAAGUGGGCCCUUGGUAUGCAGUUUGGCUCCAGGAUUCCCGGUGGAUACCAAAAACCUUGGAUGCUCAAGUCUCAUUAUAUACAUGGGCAUCAUAACAUGGUGUCCCUUAUAUACAUGGCAAAACCAAGGUUUGCUUUUAGGGAUGAAAGGUCAGAGAAAAAAAAAUCAAGCUGUGGAUGGUGGAUCCAUGGAUGAAAAUUCAAGGAUAUAGAGCAGUGGUUCUCAACCUGUGGGUCCCCAGAUGUUUUGGCCUUCAACUUCCAGAAAUUCUAACAGCUGGUAAACUGGCUGGGAUUUCUGGGAGUUGUAGGCCAAAACACCUGGGGACCCGCAGAUUGAGAACCACUAAUAUAGAGGGGUAAUCAUAUACUGUUUUGAUGUUGCAUCCACAGUUCUGUCACUUCUGAUCAUAUGUGGGAAUGAGGAACUGGUCACAGCCCAGAAAGUCAGGGAGAGAAGAUGGUGCCUUAUAAUAUUAGAAAAAGAAAUGAAAAAAAUCAGUACGUGUGUGCCUUGAAAAAACAUCUACACUAUAAUUGUUGAUUUCUACCCAAAAACUUAAAUCAGAAGAAUAUUUCACUUAGCUUUAGUUUUAUGUAUUUAUAUAAACCCUUUUUUUACAAUCACACCAAAAGCUAAAUAGUCCCAAUUACAUCAAAUUUAAUUAUCAUGAUGUAACAAAAUUGUUUUUGUUCCUAGCUUGAAAGUGUUAUUACCUGUUUAAUUGGUAGUACAGUGGGUUAAACCUCUGAGCCGCUGAACUUGCUGACCAAAAGGUUGGUGGUUCGAAUCUGGGGAGCCGGGUGAGCUCCCGCUAUUAACCCCAGCUUCUGCCAAUCUAGCAGUUCAAAAACAUGCAAGUGUGAGUAGAUCAAUUGGUACCACAUCAGCGGGAAGGUAACAGUGCUCCAUGCAGUCAUGCCGGCCACAUGACCUUGGAGGUGUCUACGGACAAUUCCAGCUCUUUGACUUAGAAAUGGAGAUGAGCACCACCCUCCAGAGUCAGACACAAUUAGACUUAAUGUCAGGGGAAACCUCCCCUUUACCAUUACUUACUUUGAGUGAGCUCCCACUGUCAGCCCCAGAUUCUGCCAACCUAACAGUUUGAAAACAUGCAAGUGUGAGUAGAUCAAUUGGUACCACAUCAGCGGGAAGGUAACAGUGCUCCAUGCAAUCAUGCCAGCCACAUGACCUAGGAGGCGUCUAUGGACAACGCAGGUUCUUCGGCUUAGAAAUGGAGAUGAACACCACCUCCCAGAGUCGGGCUCGACUAGACUUAAUGUCAAGGAGAAACCUUUAACUUUGCCUUACUUACUUUGAAAGCAGUUGUUAUAUUCCAGAAACUUGGUUUUUGUGGCUGCCACAAACUAUGUUGAAUUGGUUGAGACCUUAUGAGAUCUUCAUUGAAAACUAUAGCAAAAUGUGCUGCAGGAUGUUGCACAAAAACAAAGUUUGUGCAUUUUAAUGAACUUUUCUAUGUUUUUAUGAUAGAACCAAUUAAGAAAUGAUAUUUAUAACCCAUGAACAAAAAUCAUGUUACAUAGAGUUAUUCCUUCUCCCACCGGAACCUAAUGGUGCUACUUCUCCUUCCAUCUGUGUGUUGUACAUAUACACAGCAGGAAUGUGUCAAUUUCGUCAUGCCGCUGAAGUGCAUCAGCUUCCUUACCACAAAUUCAGACACGUGUUAAUUUUCAACACUUGCCAGAAAAAAAAGCAUGCCAUAGCUUCCAAGCACAAGAGAUUCUUGCUGUAAAAUUAAACCACACAAGAGCAAGGGAUUUGUAUGCUGCAGUCUUGAGUGUGACUAAGUGCAAAUUAACAUGGAACUCAAAUUACACACGCUUGCGAGCAAAUGACAAGUCUUGACACGCAUUGGUAUGACUACAUUUCUCAUUAUUCGCAAGAAGAAUGUAUGGAAGGAGUCCAUUAAAAGCAUUGUUGGGCAUGACCUAAAAGCUCCCUGUCUAAUAUACACCACCGUCACGUGGCCCAGUAUCGGUGCACGUAAACUGUAAAAUAAGGUGCCUGUUCCUUGCCAAAAUUCCUCUUUGAAGAGCUUUGUUGUUUGAAUUGUGUGCCUACAGCAAAUCAAAAUCAUUUCCAAAUAUAAUAAAUUUGUCCUUUUCAACA